AUGUGCACAUGUCUACAUGUAUGUGUGCAUGUCUCCCCCCCACCCCCCACAGGCGAAGGUGCGGCGGCAUGUGCAAGCGCUAGUGGUGGAUCCGGACAUGACAGUCAAGGUGCACAAAGCGGAUGUGUGCACAUGACAGCCAAUGUGCCAUGUCGUGAGCAGAUGUGUGCUCGUGCCUUCGUGUGUGCUUCCACCGCCCCACCCCCAUCACAGGCGAAGGUGAGGCGGCAUGUGCAGGCGCUGGUGGUGGAUCCGGACAUGACAGUCAAGGUGCACAAAGGGGACACUCUCUGGGGCCUGGCUCACAAGUACCAGGUGCCAGUGGACGCGCUGCGCAGCGCAAACCCCGAGGUGAGGGGCGACCAGGUGCUGGCGGGGUCGCGCCUGUUCAUCCCCAACGUCAUCAGCAACGAGGAGUUUGACGUGCGCGCCAACGAGGAGUAG